GCAGACUUGAACAGCAACAACUCCUUCGACUCGGGCGCAAGCCUGAUGUCCAACUUCAACAACGGAGGCUUUUCUAUGGACUCGGUGUCCGCAUUCACGGCGAUCAACGACCCUUCCGUUGCCGCCGGGUCUACGCGCACCGUGUCCCCCAAGGACAUUUUUAACGAUGCCUUUGGGUCUGCACCCCCUUCCACGGCGUUUACCAACCUUACUUCCCCUGAUAUUGGUGACUCCCCUUUCAUCAACGACAGCUUCGAGUGCUCGCCAAUGUUCAACGGCGAGCCGGUUAUUUCUGACACGAGCGACUGGUUCUCCCUGUUCCCGGAGCAGGAGACCAAGAUUCCUGACACUGUCUAUGCACCUGCCAUCUCCAUGCCUAUGGACCGCACUAUGAGCAGCCAGUCUAUGGAGCGAUCCGGUUCUUCCAGCACCGGUUCUCCUCUCGUUUUGGACAACUAUACUCGACGAAAGUCGUCUGUCACCAACUCACCUGCAACAAACGGCAUCAGCAAGUCUCGUCGGCGCAAGGGUCCUCUGCCCAGCAUCACCGUCGACCCCAGUGACAAGAUUGCCUUGAAGCGGGCACGCAACACCCUUGCUGCCCGUGAGUCGCGUCAGCGGAAGUUUGACCAUGUCAGCACCCUCGAGCAGCGCAACUCUGAGCUCGAAGCUGAAGUCGAAAAGUGGAAGAGCAUUGCUAUGGCUCAUGGAUACAGCGGACAGUGAAUGUCCUCGUCUCUCUCAUAUGGUUCCCAGUGGUCGUAAGGAGCUGGUGAAGAAACCAGCCUUGCCUUUCGGCAAAAGUUUUCCUUUCCGUGUUGUUUCCCGCGGUAUUUCCUUUCGCUUCUGUCGCCUUCCGGCUCCGGCUGGAUGGUGUCUCAUGCUUUGAUCUUAUAUUGUUGUCGCCGGUGUGCAGUCUCCCCUUGUGGUUUUCGAUUGACUCCGCCUGGUGUAGGUGGUAAUGUGGUGUUGUUCAUUUCUGAUUGAUGCAUUCAUAGUUGUGGAGCGCUUUCGUGCUGAAGCCUCUGGGAUAGUC